CCAACGGGUCACUAACAUGCGGCUCCUUCCAGUCUGGCUGUUUUUUCCUUCGUUGUUAAAAUUGACGGUGGCAAUGCAAGGUAGCGCUAUUUAUCGAAAUCCAACAAGUCACGUUUAUUUUGGCAAUUUCAGGCGCGAUCACUUCCAUUACUUGUGGGUUGAAAAACUUACAUCCUCCAUGGUGGAAAAUGAGUUAGAAUGCACUUUCCUUUGUGUCGGAGAACCAAAGUGUUAUUCGUUGAACGUGGCGGCGUAUCCUGACUCCAAAGACCUUUAUCUGUGUGAGUUGUUAUCAACUGACAAGUACAAAGCGACCGAAAAUUUCCUCGCAAAUGACACCUUUCACCAUCAAGGACCGUUGUCUCCAUGUGAAAGCGCUCCAUGUAAGAACGGCGCUGUCUGUGUUCCUGAAUAUGUACUGAACUCCUAUCACUGUAACUGUAGACCUGGAACCUGUGGAACUCACUGCGAACGAGGAGGAUAUGAAGUACUUGAAAAGGUUAGAGAGUACUGA